GGACGACAAAAGGUGUUAGAGAUAUCGUGAGAUAGUGACGGAAUUGGAUUUUGUUUCCUCUCCUCUCCAAUCUAAACAAGAUUCACGGAUGAUGGGAAUAAGCAAAACAGAGAUCAAUUUGCGGAGAUUGCUUGCCGCUGCACCUAACCAGCAAAAUCAGUCAAAGCUUAUGCAUUAUGUUGCUACAUUGAGGGAACAAUUAGAACAACUCUCGGAAGAGAAGACCCCUCAAGGCCUUCCCAGAGUUACAAAGGCUAAGGUAAAUGAGUACUAUGACAAGAUUGAAGCUGUUGCUUCGAAGAUCGCUUCUCAAGAGCCUGACACCGAGAUAUCUGAUGAACCCUUUGCAAAAGAUUCGACUAGUGGAAGCUCACCAAAAAUAGAAGAUGAGCCUCGAAGCCCCACUUCUCCACAGCUGAGAAGAAGAAUCGUCCCUGCAAGUUCCAAGGAGCAAAGCUUUGAUGCUGCUGAUGCUGAUUCAUCAAAACCAAUAAAACUAGACACCGCAGCUCAAGCGCACAUUGACAAGCACAGAAAGCUUCAAGAGGAUCUAACCGAUGAAAUGGUGGUACUUGCAAGACAACUCAAGGAAAGAAGUCAAGCGAUAAGCCAAUCUGUGCAAAAUACAGAAAAGCUUAGCGAGCACAGGACAUGCGACAACAAGAGCGACGAAGAUAUAUUCACAAAGCUCAAAGACAAGUUGCUUCCAGUGGCUGUUGAUCUUCGCCAUGAUCUGUGUGUUCAUAAUGGUUGUCCUGUUGAUCCGGGUCACCUAGAAACUGGUUCAGAUUGUUAAACCAAAUUAGUGAAAUUCAAAGAACAUUUCAGUCUCUUAAUCAUACAGUUUGUGAAAGUUAUGUUGACUUAUGUAAAUUCUGAUUUUUUGAUAUGUGAAAGCUACUUUUAAAAGAUAUGCCAGAAAUUAGUACAAUUUGUUUAUGAAGAGAAUCUUGUGGUUUACGUUUUUGUUUUGUACU